UUACUAUUUUAGUCACUAAGUUGUUGGCACAAUGUUGCCAGAGAGUGAAGUCUUGUGUUGUGAGGGAAACUGGAGUGCCCGGAGAAAACCCAGUUGUCCAGCUUGGUGACCACUAACCAAACCCACAUGCACUCAGGCCAGGAAUCGAACACGGGUCACCUUGUCAGAGAGAGUAAAUGGUAAGGUAUCAACUAUGUGACCCUGGUAAUGCUGUUGUCAUGACAACCACGCCCAUCGAGAGUCAUGUGACUUGCAAGUGCUCGCAGGUCAAGGUCACAGCAAGGUCAAGCUUUCCACAGAGUCGAUGCAAACAUGCCUGCUGCCUGCACGAGAAUUAUGUGUACGCGUUCGCUGGCAAGGAUGGGAACAUCGCUCUUAAAGACUUCUGGAGAUUCAAUUUAGGUAACAAACAAUGGGAGUCAGUGUGUUUCCGUGGAGAUUUGCCACACCACCUAGAAGGCCAUACCCUAGUAUCCUGCAAGAAGCUGAUGUUGAUAUUUGGCGGGGAGUUUGGGGAUUCCCUCACUGAGUCUUCUCUCUGGAUCAUUAACCCAGACCUCGGCUAUAUUCGUAAGAGCAACCUGGAUUGCGGAUCUGACCGCCCCUGUAUCCGACGCUAUCACACGGCUGUUGUGCAUGAUGGAGCCAUGUAUGUGUACGGAGGGUAUAUAGACAUGAAGGGAUCCAGUGCAGAGCUCUGGAAAUAUAAUAUAGAUGAUGAAGAGUGGGAACAGGUGAAACCAAAGCAGUCAUCAAGGGACCAGCCGGGCGGUCGUCAUGGUCACUCUGCGGUCAUGUUCAACAAACACAUGGUCAUCUAUGGGGGCAGCUGUGACCUUGUUCCCAAGGCAGAACUCUGGUCUUACAGUUUGGGUGUGCGGCGGUGGCUGAGAAUCAAGACUAAAUAUGGACCACCAGCCCUGUCAGGACACUCAGCUGUUGUGAUCAGUCAGCGUAUGUUUGUGUUUGGCGGGGAGAACAACAGGGAACCCGUCAACUCACUCUGGUACUUCUGCUUCAGAUCAGAGCGCUGGACCCAGAUCAUGAUGAAUGAUUCGACUCCAGCCAGAAUGUACCACUCAGCCCUUUUUGUGACCCCUUCAGCUGAAAAUAAUGCCAUUAAGGCCAGUUCCAUGCCCUACUUACAGAAGAAAAUUGCCAAAAUGAAGCUAGAGAGACCUAGAUCUAGUCCUGGCGAAAGGUCAUCCAUAGCUUCAACAUCGGGGUAUGUUCGAGGCUUGAAUUUUGAGAAAUCUGAAUCAUCCAGAAGAAUCAAUUAUCAAAAUCAAGCUUCUGAAAGAAAAGUUGAGAGACCUCAGGUUUUAACUAUUGACAGCUCAGGAAGUGAAGACAGUUUGAAGGUUACGCCAUCUCCUUCAGAAAAUGUGGCUGAUAAAUCUCCUUUGUGUCCAAAAAAGAUGGAUAUAAAUUACAAUGCAUUAGAUAUUCUUGACAGAAAUUCUGUCAACUGUGGUAUAGACAAUCCUGGCGUGUCAGACAGCACUGAGGAGUUGAUCCGUGAAAGCAGUGUUCAGCAUUUAUACCAAGACGGAGGUCAAGUUGACUCAAUCUCUAAAGGCCGUUCAGUGUUUGAGCGGUCAUUAAGUUACACUACGGAGUUAGAAAGAUCUCAGAAACGCUCAGGUAUUAUAGAGAGGUCUUAUAGUGGCCAUGUAUUGCAUAGGUUAGAAGUAUUAGAAAACAAACUAGUCAAUGAUGUAGACAAAAACUAUAGUUCUAAAAAGUUUAGGCUAGAUCCAGAGCUUGUUAUAGAGGACCUUGAGCAUGUUGAUUGUUUUCCGUAUGACAUAGAAAUUAAUUACCCGAGCUCAAAUGGUAAAAAAUUUAACUUGAGUAUUUCUUCAGAAUCUGUGCUGCUCCCGAAUGAAUGCGAAACCAUGGAGAUAAUAGAGUUGGAAAAUUGCUUGUCAAGAACUCGUAGCAAAUCAACAGGAGAAGUGCAUACUUGUUUCCUAGACAAGCAAAGAUCAGAAAAAGUGACGUAUAGCAAAGAAACGGAAGAGGUGCAGAUUUUAGCUGGUUUGAGUCAUGUUAUAGGGGAAAGUGGUCAAAAUGUUGAGCGUAGAAAUGACAAAAAUACUUUGUAUGACAAUAUAGUUAAAGCCAGACGGAGUGAUCAAAGGGGAGUAACUGUGUAUCCUGAUACUAAACAAAGGGAAGUAACUGGAAGUCAUUAUUCAGUUGAUUCAAGGGAGACAACUUUCAUGAGUUCAGAUGGGACUGAACAAGGUGGUCCAAGGUUGUACCAGAAGAAACAGCAACAAGCCAACAACAGAGUGAUAAAGCCCACAGUACCCCAGGAAUCCCCUUACAUUCUGGUUAUAGGCGGCAGGGACAAUCAGACAGUCAACUUCGGAAUCAAGCCCCUACAGUUGUGGAAACUGCAAGUCAGUCCCUUAUGAUAGGGCCCUGAAACUAGGCAUCUCAUGAUAUUGAUCUUUUAACAACCAGAUUGUAAUCUUUAUCAAACCUCUACACUUGUGGAACUAACAAGCCAACCACUUGUGAUAGGGUUCUGGAGUUAGACACCUUGUGAUAUUGAUCUAUUAACAACCAGACUGUAAUCUUUAUCAAACUGCUACACUUGUGGUAAUUACACUUCAGCCCCUCAUGACAGGGUCCAGGAAUCAGGCACCAUGUGAUAUUGAUCUAGUAACAACCAGACUGUAAUCUUUAUCAAACUGCUACACUUGUGGUAAUUACACUUCAGCCCCUCAUGACAGGGUCCAGGAAUCAGGCACCAUGUGAUAUUGAUCUAGUAACAACCAGACUGUAAUCUUUAUCAAACUGCUACACUUGUGGAAAUUACAGGUCAGCCCCUUAUGACAGGGUCCAGGAAUCAGGCACCAUGUGAUAUUGAUCUAAAAACAACUAGAUUGUCAUCUUCAAUGUCAAACCUCUACACUUGUGGAAAUUACAAGUCAGCCUCUUGUGAAAGGGUCCGGGAAUCUUUAUGACACCUUGUGAUAUUAAUCUAUUUACAACCAGAUUGUAAUCAUUGAUAUUAAACCCUUACAGAUAUUGAAACUACACAGCCUCUUUUGAAAGGGUCUUGAAAUUCGGUCUUGUUAUUGUCAUCCUCUUCAACUACUUUUGUAUUUCUUGUGUUAAUUUAUGGAACCGUUAUGAUAUAUUGUUAUUGUUGAAACAUAUAUAUGCCAGAAAACUAAAUUAUGUAAAAUUUCUUUAUCAAAUUAUAUUGUAUUUUUGUUUUAAAUCAAUUCAUAAUUACAUUUUUUACAUAUUGACAGAAAAAUCUAAAGAUUUAUAUAUGUUUACAGUUAAUAAUCAAUUUGUAAUAUUUUGUAACAGAAUUAUUGUUUUUUUUAUCUAAGGAUAUUGUUAAACUGAAUCUUUAUUAAACUAAAACAUGUCUUAUGCUCAUUUACAUGAGAUCAAGCAGUAAAUAGUCUUACAAUUGUUUUUUUUUGCAAUUGCCAGUUUUUUGGAGGUUUGAUAAAAUAGUUUUACAGAAAAGAAACUUUAUACAAUAGAUAUCUAUCUUAAAAGUACCCAAGACCUCUUUCAAAACAUGUCGACCAUGUGCUCCGCCAAUCUGUCAGGGAACUAUGACAUCAUAUGUGCUGCUUACAUCAUUAUGACUAUAUAAGAUCCAUGUCCCCAUGUUGCUGUUCAUAUAGAAGUACACAUCAGCCAAUUGUUUAAAAAAAUGAAAUGUAAAUUUUAAUGGUCUCCGUAAGUUGGAAGUAAUCGCUAUGAUGUACUAGUCAGCAUAUGAUUUCCCCAACCUUGUAGUGGGUUGUUAUCUUACUGUGAUAAAAUCAUCAUCACUGUCAUUGUUUUAUCAUUAACUGCAGCAGCAGCAACAACAUUGUCAUAAUCAUCAUACUUUUAUGCCAGCAUUGUUAACAACUUAUCUGAUAAAAGCAGUCUCAUUAACAAGGCAAGUUUUUUGCUUAAUAUCACUUGGACCCGUUAACCGGAAUAACAAAAAAACUCAACUCUCCCCUAAGGCCUUAUUAUAAUAAAUUGUUUGUAUGGCCUUAUUUGACCAAAUAUCUGCGACCCAAAUUUUUAAAAAUAUUUUUUAUAAAAUCCUAGAUACUGUCAUACCCGUCAACGAGUGGGUCGCGUAAGGCACGACAAACUAUUAAUUGCGGCCUCAUAGUUGUUUUUAUCAGCAGCAUUUAAAACAUAAUCUCCAUCCUUUUUUCAGCAGCAUUUACAGCAUAAUCUCCAUCAUUUUUAUUAUCAGCAUUAACUGCAUAAUCUUCAUCAUAUUUAUCAUCCAUUUUUUGCCAUUUUAUUAUCAUUAUCUCAGUGUUACCUGUACCUCUGUUAUGAUUGUUAUUUUUACCACAAACAGCAUGCAGUUUGAAGAAAUCUAUUCCAUGUUAACCAUUGUAAAAAGAAUUCAAAUAUGUAAUUUUAGUUAUCCUAGUGCAGAAACCUUUUGUUUCGUCAUGGCAUGAAUAUAUCUUCUAUCAAUAUUUGAUAUUAUGGUAUAAGUGCAUAUGUAGUGUACUUGUUAUAUCCAUAAUCCUGGACUAUUCUAUCUCACUGUUGAAUGCAUAAUGAUAGAAAUUAUGUUAAUCAAGUUUGUUUUACAUAUAUAUCUCUUUAAAAAUACUUUAACAUCAUUGUAUAUUGAAAUUGACUCUCAAAUAAUCAUUUGUGUAAGAAAUGAAAGUCCACAAGUAAGCGGUACUGUUAUGUUUCACCAUAUACUGCAUGUACAUGACUGUACAUAUAAUAUUCAACUUCAAGUGGAUAUCUUUUUUGUCGUUUUUGUGAUAACAUAUUUUUUUUUCUUUAAAGCUGCAUUCUCACAGAUUGAACAUAUUGACAACUUUUUUAUUUUUUUAUCUUGAAAUGAGCCAAUUUUUGCAAAAAUCCAUGGAAACCAGUUAUGUAAGACUACUGACAAUAAAUAGAUUGCAGAUUUUUAUAUUUAAGUUAAAAAAAUGAUGUUUUAUGGAUUUUUCAUAAAUUGUUACUUAGUAAACAGUUUAAGCCAUAAAACAUUAACUUUCGAAGGGAAAUAUGAAAAUCUAUGAUCUGAUUUUUUGUCAGCAUUCUUAAAUCACUGGUUUGCAGAAAUAUAUGCAAAAAUUUGCUCUUUCCAAGACAAAAAUUAAAAAAAGUUGUAAAAAUGCUAUAUCUGUGAGAGUGCAGCUUUCAGAAUGAAAAUUUAUGACCAUUAUAUGUAGAAUAAAUUAGAAACACUAUUGCCUAAAUUUCAAUAUUUGAAUAGAGAAGAAAAUGGUUUAAAGUACAGCAAGCAUCAUUUUUUCAACUUAAAUCCUACUUUUAUUCUACAUGUUCCAAUCAUUGAUGUGCCAGUCUAUUGUUUUAUAAUUUUAACUUUUUUGUACAAUAUAUAUUAAGUUUUUUCCUGUUCUAUAAUCACAGAUUUUCUUUUGUUAAUUGUAUCUUGAGUGCAAUAUUUUCGGUAGAGCUCACAGACAUGACUUGUGUUUCUGUUAUAUUUGUAGUAUUCUUUCCUGGUUAGUAUAUGUAUUUUUAGUAUGUCAACUCCAACCUUAUUUAAUUGGCCAAAAUUAUUCUACUUCCCAAUUGCCAAAAUAUAAAAAGUUCUUGAAAAGUCCACUCCUUUGUUUGGUAUAAUCAGUGUAUUAUUAAAUUUACAUUCUUAAGAGUGCUUGGACUUUAAUUGAAGGAUUCAUAAAGUUAUGAAAAUAAAGAUCUUUAUGAUAAUUGUGAUAAACAAUUUUUUUUAGUAAAAUUCAGCUUAAGUCGGAACUUUGGCUUAAUAAAAUAUGCUCCAUAAGCUUGCUAUGCUUAGGAACUCUUGAGAAAUUGAGGCCUGAUCAUCAUUUGUUCUUUUUAUCUGAGAUACAUUCAAGAUCUUUAUAUUUUUGACCAGUGUAUUCAUAUAUUGAUACCAUAAAGCUUCUAUUCAUACUACAUUUACUUUUGCAAAUUAUACGAAAGUGAUAACAUUUUAACAGUAGUUGUUAAUUUGCAUUAUAGAAUUACAAGUUAUAUACAUGCUUUUACAUCAAUGUUUGAAAUAAAUGAUAUUGACAUGAUAGGCAUGAACCUCCUUAGCGUGGCAAUCCUCAGAAUUUGGCAUGUAAUGUCAUUCAGCCUAGCACACCUCAGCAUGUUGCACGUUAAUGUCAAAGAUCCCUACAUGACAAAAAUUAAAGAAAAGCAUAAUUAACAUUUCUUUUAUAUUUUUUUGGGACAGGUUCUCAUUAUGAUGUUUAAGUUUUUUUAAUAUAAAGAUAUACAUUUUUAUCAAAUCAAAACGAAAACUUUACUUAAGUGCUAUCAUGGCACAUACUGCUAUUAAAAGCAAUAUUGGAAUUUGAGAUCUUUAAAAAUAUGUAUUUUAAAGGUUUGUCAUUAGACCCAAAACUUUGGACCCAAUUGGUACAUCAUAUAUAAAAUGCAUUUUGUAGUUAAACCAGUUGUUACCAAUGCGAAAUGUACGAAGAUCAAAUUGAAUUUAUUGUUUUUGUUUUGUUUAUGGUUUACAAGUUUGAUUGGUAGGUAAAUUGUUUUAUUGAUAUUUGCACGAUGUGAUAUUUAUCCAUAAUAUUUAUUACUAUUAUUAUAUGUCAUGUUGUAGUUAUUGAUUUUAUAAUAAAAAAUAGACAA